AGUUUAGGUUUGUCUACUGCGGUAUUAGUGUUUCAGUAUCAUUGCUCAAAAUAUUAAGAAAAUAAAAGGUAGUUUAUGCCCAAGUUUAGAGCAUGAAUCAUCCUUUUGUGUAGUAGAAUUACAAAGUUAUCACUAUUUUGGUCAAAUCUUGAAAACGACAUUAUGUGUGAUUUUGAGCGGUGUGUGUUUUCUCACAGGACGGUUAGUGGAUGACUCUCUGCUACUACCACACCAAAUGUUAGCGUAAUAUCUGUAAAACUGACUGAGCUUUAGACAUGCUGAAUCAAAAGUUUGUAAACUUAGUGAUGUGUUUUCUUGCAUUAGAAAGAUUUUUAAUGAAAUUCUUCAUAUUUUUUCUUGUUUUCAGUGAGAGUACAAUCGUCAAGCAAAGAGCAGGUUUCUACAGAGCGUCACAGUCGAACUCCGGUUCAAGGUUUAGGUCCUCAAAUCCUAAUUCACAACAAAACCAUGAAGUACCGACCAACAUGUCCAACAAACGAAAAGGAAAUGUCAUUCAUGAGUUGACCAUAAAUGGAACGAAACAUGAAAAAGAAAAGCACUCGAUGAGUUUCACUGAAGAGCUCAGGAUCCCCUCGAAAGCUGACUGCAUUCAUUGAGGCUGAGCCACACGGCCUGAAGAACCGCUCAUAAAGUGUCUUAAGGGAGUACGCCAGAAACCGGAUCCAAGCUUUACAAAAUCAAAGUGUCUCUCAAAGGAAGUCGAACCCAAAAACACCAGGAAAAAAUAAACCAAAACAAUUUUCUGUAUAAAAACGUGUCAGUGGAUCAAAAUAUUUUGUGGAACUUCUUUCCUUUUAUUGUUUUUUUUUUCUCACUGCAUUGAAUUUUUGUCUAUUUCUAUAAAGCCAGAGUUCUUAAAAUGUUAAUACUGGUGCCUUUAAAACAAAUUAAACAACAGCCUGAAUGUCCUCCAACGGUUUACUAAAAGUUAAAUGUGUUUUUUUACUAGAUUGUUUACUGUAGUUUAUUUAUUUCAUUGAAAGCUCUCAGAAUAAUUCAUAUAAAUUACACAUUAGCUUGAUUGCAGCUAAUUGGAGAUAAUGUGCAAACAUUUAUCUUAAGCAUAUAAAGAUAUUUUGGCUUGAGGAGUAAAUGUAGUGAGAUUUUUAAAAAUCUCUUUAAAGUUGGAUCUUUGUAUUACCCCACCAAAUAAACAGUUACUUUAUUACAAAGUUAUUGAUACUUUCUAGAAUCUAGUUUUAAACCCUGAAAAAAAAGUGUUUGUGUGUUUUAUAUAACUGGAGCAAUGCCUGAUGCAGAAUACCUGUUUAAAUGAAGGUGUAUGUUUUUUUGGCUUAAAAUUUUUCAGUAGCACAACAUCCUAAAAACAGCUGGAUUAUACUGGUUGUUUUCCAAAGUUAUGGCCCUCUACAUGUAGAAUCAUCAUGUUUUUAUAUUCUUUAAUAUUUGUCAUUUUGAGCAAAGUUGAUAAUCAUUUUAUUUUUGUCGAGGCUGCUAAUAAAUACAUAGAAAUUGGGGUUUUUCAAAUCAUCCAAAAUUUUAAGUUGGUAUUUUCACGCUUCUUUGAAAAGUUAUAGUAAAUAUGCUUUUAUUUUGAAAAACGAAAACACGGAAAUGAAAAGUCACGUUGGCAUGUUAUGCCUGUGUUGUUGUGAAGAAAAGGACUGCCUCAAAUGCCCGUAGCAAACCCCUCACACUUCAUCGAUGCCGGGAUCAACAAGCCGGGGAAAAACAAUGUCCCCGGUACCUCUUCCCCAACCAAACCAAGGACCACAGCCUUGUAGCUCCCAGCAUUUCCCUCCUCCACCAGCCAACGUCCCUUAUAAAACUUUCCCAGCUCAGUUACUCAGUCAGGCCGUACCAGAUCAAGAUCAGUCUGUAAAUUUUCCAUCGUGUGGACUGAAUAUGUCUCAGGCUGCAUAUGGAGGAAGUAGUGGGGAGUUGACUGGUGUUGAUGGAUCCUCUCAGAGCUACAACUCAUCCACUUCCCAGGAGCAUCCUCAGUGGCCGUCUUCUUCAGGUAGCAAUGGAGCUUCCAGUGAGUCGACCUCAGCUGUUCAUGUCAAUAAACAGCCGUCACUGGAGACUUACAGUGAGAAAAAACUUUCCUUAAUUUUAAAUCUACGUGAACAACUACUUAAUCAAUUGGAAAACGUUGAUAAGCUUCUGAAGUCACUGCCUUCAGARGGUGAUUGGCAGAUGGAUUCCAGUGAUGAAGAACAAAAUAAGCUGCAAGAAGAUGAGGUAACUGACAAAACACCAAAUUUCUAAGAGCCAUUUUGUCUUUUCUGGUAAUUUGUUGAUUCUUUUCUAUGGCUUGUAAUGAUUACUUUAACUCAUAAUGUGUUGACUGUCGUACAGUUUCAGUAACCAACCAA